GCGUGUUUGAACCGGAUCGCUUUCCUCCUGACACACAGUUCAUCUGUCAUUCCAUUCACUUUCUCAGCCCCAUCAAAUUCCUUCUUCUUCGACUCUCACCGUGGUCAACGACGGUUGGUGGAGUGCAAUGUUCCAGCGUUGACGACUUUUCUCCCUUCUUCUUCAUCCAUUAUGCGACGUUUUGCCUCGGUUUUUAUAUCCUCCAAACGCGAGAAGAACGAGAAAACAUCCAAGCGGUCCACUCUGAAUGUCAGAACCCAGCCGGCUCCCUCUGAUAUUACCACGUUCGACUCGAGUCUUUCGACGCCACAGCUCAGUGCUGGCGGAAGUGAGCCGGCCCAUUCCUCGGCUUCCUCUGCAGGUUCGGUCAACUUACAGACCCCAGAGGACAUUCCCAUAUCCUUGGUAAAUUCGAAGAAGACUUGGAUACCAUGGCGCGCCAAAAAGUCGGGCACUAUCAAGGCUAACGGUCGGCAUGAGUCUAAUUGGACCCCACUGCCUCCUCCGCUCCUUCAUACACCCCCUCCCGGAACUCGCGCACCGAUUGUCACUCACAACGAUCCAAAUUCCGACUCCGAAUCGGAUGCAUACGGUGAGGAGGAUGAUCCUCGCCCCAUUAAACCCGUUUUGGCAAAGCCUAUCAUUACGCCUGCUUCACAGUCCAAAGCCCAAGCCGUCCUUCAAGCGUUGAUCCAGAACAGCCUUAUUAGCCGGCCUUCUUCUGCGCCGUUUGUUGUUCAGCCUGGUGCACCUCCGUAUCCCCGAUCCUCCAAUCGUUCACGUUCUGUGCCAAGCACAAACUCCCUCGCUCGUACCGUACUGAAAAGACGUAUGCUUCAGAGGCUUCAGGACGCAAAUCCAUCGUCUUCUGAAGCGAAAGAAAUCAUUGCCUUUAGUACCAGGGACACCCCAAGACUCGAGGCGCCUAUUGAUAUUGAUAUGAUUGACGAGAAUGCUCUUUCCACGUUUGAUCAUACCGCUUCUUUCAGUAUUGGUCUACGUAGCUGGAUAAACCGCCCCCCUUUCGAAGAUCGCUUUUCUGUGUGGUCUGUCGUAGAUGGAAAUAUCACCUGUCAACGUGUUUCCAACACUCCUGGUUUUGCCCUUGCUGCUCUAGAGUUUUCUGAAGCCAUAGAAGCUGAGGCUGACGUUUUUGGCGAUAUUCCGCCUUUCCAGUCUUCCGCCGAAUCGCAUCUCAAUGUACGCUCGGCAGCGAUUUCUGAUGCUCCAUCUUCAUCCUCCAGCGCUUCAUCGCAUAUAUCUUCAUCUGCUUCUCACUCUCGGUCAAUCCCCUCGCCUCAACUUCUGGCUCCUUCACCUCUUCGCAAUCAGGCUUCGACACUCAGUACUUCUUCUUCCGAUGGACCGCAAAAAGAACCUCUCAUUCAAGUAUUAUCUGCUACUUUACCAGCGUCCAAGAAUACCACUUCGGCGUCACCGGCCUCCCUAACCGAGAUGACGGAAACCUCUUCCCCUGCUUCAAACCACAAUGCGAUCAAACGUGGAGUGAGAUUCGUUGAAGAGGAAAAGGAUGAAAACAUACCUAUUGGGUACGUUAUGCGACACAAGAAACAGCGAGAAGAAAAGGCUCGUUUUCUACGGGAGCAAAAAGAGAAACGAGAGUUUGAGGAGGAACGCGCUCGAGUAGAAGAAGAAAGGAAGAAGAGAGAUGCAGAAAGGCGCAAGUGGGAGCAAGAGAGACUGGUAUGGGAGAGAGAAAAAAGGUUGAAAGAUGAAGAAAGAAAGCGAAAGCAAUAUGCAGAAGAGGUGACUGCUGCGAGACAACGCUUCGGAAUCGUUUUCCCGUGAUCAGUCACCGGUCAACUCAAGGCCGCCCAGUAUUGCCAGUGGUG